GGGCGGACUCCUGCAGGGCGGUGUGCUCAGGAACCUGCGCCCGCAGAUCGAGGCACGAUGGCUGCAGCCCGAGGCCCAGGGACCAAAAGGGGUAUUUUGGAGCGUCUGGAGAGUGGAGAGGUUGUGAUUGGAGAUGGCAGCUUUCUCAUAACCCUGGAGAAGAGAGGCUACGUGAAGGCUGGGCUCUGGACUCCAGAAGCAGUAGUGGAACACCCAGAUGCAGUUCAUCAGCUUCACAUGGAAUUCUUGAGAGCAGGAUCAAAUGUCAUGCAAACUUUCACCUUUUCUGCCAGCGAGGACAAUAUGGAAAGCAAGUGGGAAGACGUAAAUGCCGCUGCCUGUGAGCUCGCCCAGGAAGUGGCUGCCAAAGGCGAUGCUUUGGUAGCAGGUGGGAUCUGCCAGACAUCAAUUUACAAACACCACAAGGACGAAACCAGAGUCAAAACACUUUUUCGACUACAGCUACAGGUUUUUGCCAGAAAAAAUGUGGACUUCUUCAUUGCAGAGUAUUUUGAGCAUGUUGAAGAAGCUGUGUGGGCUGUGGAAGUCCUGAAAGAAUUUGAUAAACCUGUGGCAGUUACCAUGUGCAUAGGCCCGGAAGGAGACAUGCGUGGCGUGACACCAGGAGAAUGUGCCGUGAAGCUGGUGAAGGCUGGGGCUUCCAUCAUUGGUGUAAACUGCCGAUUUGGGCCUGGGACCAGCUUGCAGACCAUAAAGCUCAUGACAGAAGGCCUCAAGGCUGCAGGGCUGAAAGCACACUUGAUGGUGCAGGCCCUGGGGUUCCACACACCUGACUGCAACAAAGGAGGGUUUGUGGAUCUCCCAGAAUACCCCUUUGGACUGGAACCCAGAGUGGCCACCAGGUGGGAAAUUCAAAAGUACGCCAGAGAGGCCUACAACCUGGGGGUCAGGUACAUUGGCGGGUGCUGCGGAUUCGAGCCCUACCACAUUAGGGCAAUUGCAGAGGAGCUGGCCCCAGAGCGGGGAUUUUUGCCCCCAGCUUCAGAGAAACACGGCAGCUGGGGAAGUGGUCUCAAUAUGCAUACCAAACCCUGGAUCAGAGCAAGGGCUAGGAGGGAGUAUUGGGAAAAUCUGCUGCCAGCUUCGGGAAGACCUUUCUGUCCAUCGCUCUCAAGGCCAGAUGCCUAGGGAGUAGUGAAAGAAACACAAAUAGUAGAAUGGAAAGAAAUUGCCCUCAAGGCCGGUCUGGGACUCUUCCUCGCCUUUACCCUCGCCUGCCUUGCUACGUCCGGCUGCUGAGCCACCGCUGUGCGGCCUCGACCAGCGACAGCCACGCAUGCGUACUGAGCGUCUGCGGGGCAAGGUACCCCUGAUGGGUGCUGCUGCGGUACAGAGGAAGGAAAGAGGCUAAUCAUAAUCUGAAGAUCAUCAGAGUAGCCAAACGUGUCUUCAUGACAUCUUAACAUAACCAGCAUCACAGAGAACCAACUAGUGAAUAGUUCAGGGGACUAAGCCAGGUGCUCCAUCUAAAACAUGGAGUCCACUUUCUUUAUGCGUUUUGUAUAUUUCCAAAAACAAUUCCCAAAGAAAAACUGCAAUAGAUGGUUCCAUCUGAGCAAUGGCAUGAUAUUAAAAAUGGUGUAUAACUUCCAAAGUGAUUACUUUCAAAGAUGAUUUUUGCUAAAGGUAUUAGGUCCUAGUACUUUUUAAAUGUGUCUUUAUAAUCACAAAUAUUUAUAGAUUACAAACUAUUUAGGGACAAGAACCAUGUGAUAUGCUUUUAAAAUUUCUCUUUAUUUAGCAUUGUGCUAGACAUAAUAUAGAUGCUCAACAAAAUACUCGAAUUAAAAGAAGUAAAAAUAUUAUUAGACAAUAUUAAAAGUCGGUUUAAAUUUAUCUUAACCUAAUAUUUUCUUGAUUUAUGUUUGUGGUAUUUUUCUCUUCACAACCGUGUAUCAAUUUGUGACAAUAAAAUUCAAAAUAAUGUACCUUU